ACUUAAAAGUUGAGCAAACACCUCCCCCUCGCCCCCCCGCCCCCCAAGCCAAUUUAAAAAAAAAAUUUUCGGGGGUGGGGGGCAGGGAAAUUAGAGACCUUAGGAUCCAGACUCAGGAUCUCUGGGCUGCGCGGGACUGUUCAGAACCCACAAGAUUUCUAAGGAGACCAGAACUCAUCUGUGAGCCCUCCGCUCUAUUCUGGGCUGCUGUUGAAACUUGCCUUUACAGCUACCAGACUCAAAGAUGCUGCGAGCGCAGAGGCCAAGACUGGCCAGGCUGAGAGCCUGCCUCUCCAGAGGUCUCCACCAAAAGCCAGUGAUGGCACUCCGGAGAGAGGAUGUGAAUGCCUGGGAGCGCAGGGCACCUCUGGCUCCCAAGCACAUCAAGGGCAUCACCAAACUGGGAUACAAGGUCUUGAUACAGCCUUCCAAUCGCCGGGCCAUUCAUGACAAGGAGUAUGCCAGGGCUGGCGGCAUUCUUCAGGAGGACAUCACAGAAGCUUGUCUAAUUUUGGGAGUAAAAAGGCCUCCAGAGGAAAAACUGAUGUCCAAGAAGACUUAUGCCUUCUUUUCCCACACAAUAAAGGCCCAGGAAGCCAAUAUGAGUUUGUUGGAUGAGAUCCUGAAACAGGAAAUCCGACUCAUUGAUUAUGAGAAAAUGGUGGAUCACAGAGGGUCUCGGAUAGUGGCAUUUGGACAAUGGGCAGGUGUGGCAGGAAUGAUCAAUAUUUUACAUGGAAUGGGUUUAAGGCUCCUUGCUUUGGGACAUCAUACACCUUUUAUGCAUCUUGGCAUGGCUCACAACUACAGGAACAGCAGCCAGGCUGUGCAGGCUGUCCGCGAUGCAGGCUAUGAAAUAUCCCUGGGUUUAAUGCCAAAGUCAAUAGGACCCUUAACAUUUGUGUUCACGGGGACUGGCAACGUAUCAAAGGGAGCCCAAGAAGUCUUUAAUGAGUUACCUUGUGAGUAUGUGGAGCCCCAUGAAUUAAAAGAAGUUUCAAAAACUGGAGACCACAGGAAAGUGUAUGGGACGGUGAUAAGUCGCCAUCAUCAUCUUGUCAGGAAAACAGAUGGUGUGUAUGAUCCUGUAGAAUAUGAGAAAUAUCCCGAGCGCUACAAAAGUCGUUUUAAUACAGAUAUUGCACCCUAUACAACUUGUUUAAUUAAUGGAAUCUACUGGGAGCAAAACACCCCUCGCCUGCUAACUCGCCAGGAUGCUCAGAGUCUCCUGGCCCCAGUGAAGUCUUCAGGUGUUCCAAUUGAAGGAUGCCCUGAGUUACCACACAAACUGGUGGCAAUAUGUGACAUUUCAGCAGAUACAGGAGGAUCUAUAGACUUUAUGACCGAGUGUACUACAAUAGAGAGACCCUUUUGCAUGUAUGAUGCAGAUCAGCAUAUUAUUCACGACAGUGUUGAAGGCUCUGGAAUUCUGAUGUGUUCCAUUGACAAUUUGCCAGCACAGCUUCCAAUUGAGGCUACAGAAUACUUUGGAGACAUGCUUUACCCUUAUGUUGAAGAAAUGUUGUUAUCAGAUGCGUCGCAGCCCCUCGAAAGCCAGAACUUUUCUCCAGUGGUUCGUGAUGCAGUGAUUACAUCUAAUGGUUCAUUGACUGACAAAUACAAAUAUAUCCAGAAACUCCGAGAAAGCAGAGAACGUGUUCAGUUCCUUUCAAUGAGUCCCAAGAAGAAGGUGUUGGUGCUUGGGUCUGGCUAUGUAUCUGGGCCUGUUUUAGAAUAUCUGUCAAGAGACAACAAUAUAGAAAUAACAGUAGGCUCUGACAUGGUGAACCAAAUGCAACAGUUAAGCAAGAAAUACAAUAUUAACCCUGUUAGUGUGAACAUUGGUAAACAAGAAGAGAAGCUGCAAUCCUUGGUAGCGUCGCAGGAUCUUGUUAUCAGCUUGUUGCCUUAUGUGUUGCAUCCUGUUGUGGCCAAGGCAUGCAUCUCAAACAGAGUCAACAUGGUCACUGCGAGCUACAUCACACCAGCCAUGAAAGAACUGGAGAAGAGUGUGGACGACGCUGGCAUCACAGUCAUUGGUGAAUUGGGAUUAGAUCCUGGUCUUGAUCACAUGUUGGCAAUGGAAACAAUUGAUAAGGCCAAAGAGCUGGGAGCCACGAUUGAGUCUUAUGUUUCCUACUGUGGUGGCCUUCCAGCCCCCGAAUAUUCAGACAAUCCCUUGCGAUAUAAAUUCAGCUGGAGUCCAGUGGGAGUCUUGAUGAACAUAAUGCAGCCGGCUAGCUAUCUGCUCAACGGGAAGGUUGUGAAUGUGACAGGGGGAGCCUCUUUUCUCGACUCUGUCACAUCCAUGGAUUACUUCCCAGGCCUGAACUUGGAAGGGUAUCCUAACAGAGAUAGUACACGAUAUGCUGAAAUUUAUGGGAUUCCAUCUGCCCACACGUUGUUGAGGGGUACAUUGCGAUAUAAGGGAUAUUCUAAGGCUUUGAAUGGAUUUGUAAAGUUGGGUCUCAUCAACAGAGAAGCAUAUCCUGCCCUCCUACCUGAGUCCAACCCUCUCACCUGGAAACAGCUCCUGUGUGACCUAGUUGGAAUUUCCCGCUCCUCUUCAUGUGAGAAGCUUAAGGAAGUUGUCUUUACAAAACUGGGAGGGGACAGUACCCAGCUUGAGGCUGCUGAAUGGUUGGGCUUAUUGGGGGAUGAGCAGGUCCCUCAGGCAGAGUCUAUCGUGGAUGCAUUCUCCAAGCACUUGGUCUCAAAACUCUCCUAUGGCCCUGAAGAAAAAGAUAUGAUUGUGAUGAGAGACAGCUUUGGCAUCAGGCAUCCCUCUGGACAUUUAGAAAAUAAGAUCAUUGAUCUUGUGGUUUAUGGAGACUUCAACGGCUUUUCGGCAAUGGCUAAAACUGUGGGGUUACCGACAGCCAUGGCAGCCAAAAUGUUGCUGGAUGGUGAAAUUGAAGCCAAAGGCCUAAUGGGGCCAUUUACAAAGGAGAUCUAUGGGCCAAUAUUGGAGCGGAUUAAAGCAGAAGGCAUUGUAUUUAAUACACAGAGCACAAUCAAGCCAUAAAUGGGAAUUCAUUUUUCUAGGCAUCAAAGCUGUCAAUUUGUGUAUGACAAACUUGCUUAUUGAUGGGCUAAAGCAUGAAGUUUUAUGUUUUGAGUAUAACUCAUUUAAAACAUGAAGCAUAUGUUUUGAGUAAGUUAAUGCAAUGGUGUUUUUGAAACUCAAAUCUCUAUUUUAGUAAAACUUUUGGAGUAGACAAUGUCAGUCAUUACAGAGACCUUUAAUAAGUCUAUUGUGUAUUUUUUUGUGUGUAAAAGUGAUGAUGAUCAUAGUUUAAUUUAUUGUGCUUCUUCUUUCUUAUAAGAACAUAUCAGCAAAUGCAGUUCUACUAUUUUUUUUGCCAGAAAAAUUGCAUGUAGUUAUAUUUUUGUAUUUUUCAAAUUGAUUCUGCUAGACAUGUUUAGACUGACAUGUCUACAAUUGCAAAAGUAAUGUUUCAUGCCUUUUGUAAAGUUAUGAUCUAUUUAGUAAAAUUUUUUUGAAAAUUAUUUUCUCUUGAACUUUUGGAAAAGAGAAUUGAUACAAUAAAUUCACAGUCCUCGUUAUCCUUUUAUUACAAGCAGAGAAAGUGUUUGAAAAACUCUAGCACCCCUUCACAAUAAAAACAAAACAGAAAAACCCACCACAAAACACAUAACAAACAAAGACUAGAAAGGGAUGCCCUUAUAAAAGAUAGCCAUGAAAAACCCACAACGUGUAUCAUAUUUAAUGGCAAAAUACUGAAUGAUUUUCACCUAACACCACAAGUAAGACAGGAAUGUGUCACUUGGCCACAGUGAUUCAAUCUGUAUUGAGGGGUUAGGCCAUGGCAAUUAGGCAACAAAAUAAGAUAAAAAACAUCUGUACUCGAAAGGAAGAAAAUGAACUCUAUUUGCAUAGAAUUUCCAAGAACUGCGUAGGAAACCCAAAGACACAGUGAAAAGAAUACAAAAGAAAAUAUCUGAAUUUAUCAAUUUGGAAAAACUGCAGAAUCAGGAAUAACUUACAUUAUUUGCCUUUCUGUAAAGUAUGAAUGAGUGAACCAAAAGUGGCUUUAGAAAAACAAUGUCAGCCGGGCAGUGGUGGUGCACGCCUUUAAUCCCAGCACUCGGGAGGCAGAGCCAGGUGGAUCUCUGUGAGUUCGAGGCCAGCCUGGGCUACCAAGUGAGUCCCAGGAAAGGUGCAAAGCUACACAGAGAAACCCUAUCUCGAAAAACAAAACAAAACAAAAAGAAAAAACAAAAACAAUGUCAACAGCAUCAAAAAGAAAAAAAGUAAUAAGAUUGAGAGGUUAGAAGUGACACUCAUAUUUGUUCCAUUGCCUUUUAAAAAGUGUGCUAAGACAAUUCAGUGAAGAGAAAUACCUGUUCAUCAAAUGAUGAUUGUAAACACGAAUAACCAGAAACAAUGAAGUUGGAUCACUGCCUCAUAGAAGAUAUAAGAACUGACUAAGGACGCAUCUAAAAAAAUUCUAAAAAAGAGUUAGCACUGUAAAAAUCUGAGAAUAAAACAAAAGCAUAAAUCUUCAUGGGUUUGAAUUAGGCAAUGGUUUAUUAAGUAACUGAAGCAAAAAUCACAAGCAUCAGAAGAAAAAAAAUAGACCAACUGGACAAAAUAAAAAUUAAGAACUUUGGAGUUUCCAAGGAAACUGCUACAAAAUAAAAACGCACACUUCCAAAGAACCCAGAGAAUCAGAUUUUUUUUGUAAAUCAUUUAUUUAGGGAAGAAUAUGUAGCUAGAAUAUAUAAAGAGCUGUUAUAACUCAAUAUGAAAAAGAUAACCCAAUUUUAAUAGUGUUCAGAACUUUGGAUUUGGCAGUUCUCUAAAGAUAUACAAAAAUUUAAUAAUAGUAUGAAAAAUGAAAACUAAUUCUACAGUGAGAUACUGCUUUAUACCCAUGAGAAUGGCAGGA